AGGAAGCAAAAGGGGGUUGGGCGCGUGUUCAUUCAGUUUACUGGUAAAGUGAACAGUGCAGACUCUAGUCUAUUUCGCGCCCAAGAAACUGCUUCCUAUCAGGUAGACCUCCAGACAGGCCUGCCAGUGGAGAUGUCUAAAGCGCCAGAUUGCCCCGCAAGGACCCGCUCCAGAUCGAAGUCCAGGUCCAGGUCUUGCACACGGUCUCGUUCCAGAAGCCGCUCCCGCUCCAGAUCCAGGAAGCACCGCUACAGUUCUAGGUCUCGUUCCCGCUCCAGAUCUCACUCUCCGUCCCAUGGCAGGAACUAUCCCACCAGAGACUACCAGAACAACCGGGGUUACCAGAGGGGCUACAACCGUGGCUUCCGCAGACCCUUUUACUUCCGCGGUAGAACCCGGGGCUUCUACCCUCGCCAUGGUUACCAGAGAGGAGGUAACAGCUACGGCUACAGAGCCAACAACUGGCAGGGGGGGGGAUACCGGGACGGGCCGCCCCACGACCAGGACCAACACGGUCCUCACAGCCCCAGAAGAGGGAGAUCUCGGUCCCGCACGCCCCGGAAACGCUCCGGCAGCCGCAGCCACUCCAGGUCUCGAUUCUCUGACCGUUCGUCCUCCAGGGGUUCCCGACGGUCCCGGCGGCGCCACAGCUCCUCUUCCCGCUCCUCUUCCCCGCGGAAUCGCCGCAGCAGCCCCGGCUCAGGGAAGCCUGGCUCUAAAGAUGUAAAGGACAAGACUACGCCAGCAGAGGUCAAGGAGGAGAGGGGAGAGGCUGGGGAGCAGGCAGGGGGAGAAGGCAGCAGCCAUGAUAAGGCCUCUGCUGGGAAAUGGCAGGGUCUGAGUGACUAUAACACCAGCCCAAAACGCAGCAGUCCGGCUGUUGGUGCCAAACAGGGGAAGUCAGACCCCAAAGGGUCAUUGUGGAGAACCAUGGGCAGCACUGGCAGUGUUCCCUCUACCAAGAGCCCACCAGGCUCCACCAAGGUCGGGCAGACUGCCUCCACCAGUGGGUUUGGUUUCUUUGGCAAGGAGGAUCCCACCAGAGCAGACGAUAAGACUGCUAUUUCCUCUGCUUUCAAAAAGUUCUUGGCAGAAAACAAGAACAAAAAGCAGCAGCAGGCGGCGGAGUGGGAGAAUGGCCAAGACGGAGACAGCAGAGAGAAAGGGAACAGCAAGAUUGGAGGAGGCCUCUUCAACAUAACAGCAGCCUCCUUCAGCUCAAAGGCCGAUAAGUCCCUGCCCUUCCUGGAAAGAGCCGAAGAGGCCUUCCUGAAGUCUCAGGCUGCUGAAAGAGAGGAGGAGGAGGAGGUGGUCAAGCCCAAAGGAGCCACCCUGACGACACGGGAUGUGUUUGGGAAGUGGGAAGACGAGCCCCAUUACUACCCCCCGGGGAAGGACGAGGAGAGACGGAGAGAUACGGCCGAAGACGUGGAUGAAGACCUGGAGCACAUGGAGGAGGAGCUCUACCGCAGCCGCAAGCAGGCCUCCAAAAAAGAAGAGAAGUCCAAGAGGAAGGAGAAGAAGAAAGAGAAAGAGAAGGAGAAGAGCAGCAGGAGGAGUCCAUCUCCCGUCAGCGCAGCAGUGCCCCCUAGGGGUUCAGGCAGUGGGGAGGACAGGCCCUUGGCCCUGUUCCCCAUCAAUAGGUUGGAGUCACACCUAGCCCGGCCCUCUGGGAAGAGGGAGGGCUUGGAGCACAGUAUCAACACAUUUGAUGAAAUGCCCAGCUCCUCUGGAAGUCUGACUAAGGAGCGUGGUAUGUCCAGGGAUCUGGUGCAUCCCAGUAAGAAAGAUUCCGGACAGUUCCGCUCCAUUUUCCAACACAUACAGGCUGCUCAACUCCAACGCAGCCCCUCCGAGCUGUUUGCGCAGCAUAUUGUCACCAUUGUGCAUUACAUCAAAGCACAACACUUCCCCUCUUCAGGCAUGACUUUAAGUGAGCGAUUUGCCAUGUACCAAAGAAAAGCAGCUGAGAUGGAAUUGAUUAAACAAAGGAAGAGUCCAGAAAUCCACAGGAGAAUCGAUGUCUCCCCCAGUGCUUUUACCAGACACUCUCACCUGCUUGAGGAGCUGGAGGAUUUCAGCUACAAGGAUCGGGGUAGAACAGCAAAAACUGACCCAAUGGACCUGCGUCUGGAUAUAGAGCGCCGUAAAAGGUUUUCUGGGAAGGAGCCUGGGCAACGGGACAGGGGCAAGGGCUCCCAAGGACCUAGCCAAGAGAGGUCCUCAGAGAAAUCUUCCAAACGCCACAAGAAAUCAAAAAAAAACAAGAAGAAUCGUGAUCGCUCUCCGUCCUCCUCCUCUUCCUCCUCCUCUCCCUCUCCCUUCAGAGGAGGGUUUAGAGGUAAAGACCACAUGAUGGGGGAGGAGAUGGAGCAUAUGGACCAGGGCUACAGUAAGCCUCGCUUCGGGUCACGCGACUAUGAGGGCCCCAUGGAUAGGGGUCCGCCCCGGGACUAUGAGGGCCCCAUGGAUAGGGGUCCGCCCCGGGAUUAUGAGGGCCCCAUGGAUAGGGGUCCCCCUCGGGAUUUUGAGGGCCCCAUGGAUCGGGGCCGAGGACGUGGAAGUGGUGGAGGAUUUCUUCCCAGACUCAGAGGAGGAGGAAGGGGCUGGAAUAGGGGCAAUUACCAAGGUAACACAAGCAGCAAUGGCAACCCCUCUCCUAAUAUGAACACCGCCCCCCCAGAGCGCCCUCCAGAUGAGGACUGGGACCCAGAGUACACCCCCAAGAGCAGGAAAUACUACUUUCAUGAUGACCGUGAGGAUGAGAAAACCUGGCUGGAGAGCAGUGGUCGAGGGGUCUUUCCCCACAGCAGGGGUCGCUUCAUCUACCGCAAGGGGGGCAGAAGCCCAAACAAGUGGACUCAUGACUUGUUCCAGACUGGGGAGGAGGGGGGCGGGAACAAGGAGGAGGAGCACCACACAGAGAUGGACCAGAAAGACGACAACCAGGCCGCCGUAGACCCCUCAGCUUCCUCCAAACUGUAGGAGAGGACUAGGCCCUGUAACCUCUCUUGCUCCUCCAUCCUCUUGCUCCUCCAUCCUCUUUGCUCCUUCUCCUCACCCAUCCUCUACCACCAGAGCUUUCUGUCCGUUUGUGAGAGGUCAUCUGAUCCUCUGAGAUCAUCUCUGUGUAGGCUAUAGGAGCCUGAACCCUGGUUACGUGCCUGGCCCUGCACACAGUCAUAUCAGAAUGUACAUGAUACACUGGUCUUUGUAUUGUUGAGCCAGUGCCACUUUCAGUAAGUUGUGAAAGAGAUGUUGAAUUGAACUUGAAUUAAGAGCAAUACUUUUUUUCUUUUUUUAAAUUACUACCAGUAAUUUGUCUUUGUUUCUGAGUGUUUAAUUACUACCAGUAAUUUGUCUUUGUUUCUGAGUGUUUUUUAUUAACUACCAGUAACGUGUCUUUGUUUAUCUGUCUGUAUUUGCUUAUUUGUUUUGCGAACAGCUGACUGGUUUUCAGUUGUUUUCUGGGUCUGCAAUGGUGACGGUAUUGCAGCUACAUUGAUUCAAAACUUCAAGGACAAAGUAUUUCCCCUCUUAAGACAUUGAAAUGACAUGCAUUUGUGCCUUAAAGUUUAUAUUCAAACAUGGUGAUAUAUGUGCAUCGCUUUAAUUUUGUGCAAAUUUUCUGCUGUACUAGCUAACGCAAGCCUUUAGCUAAACAGUUGAUUUGGACAAUGAUAUGUUUGAGGGUAUUUGCAUAACCAUUUGGACUCGAACCUCCCCACCCCAUUGGACCAACCUACUCUGGGUACUGAACCUCCCCACCCCAUUAGACCAACCUACUGUGGGUACUGAACCUCCCCACCCCAUUGGACCAACCUACUGUGGGUACUGAACCUCCCCACCCCAUUGGACCAACCUACUGUGGGUACUGAACCUCCCCACCCCAUUGGACCAACCUACUGUGGGUACUGAACCUCCCCACCCCAUUGGAGCAACCUACUGUGGGUACUGAACCUCCCCACCCCAUUGGACCAACCUACUGAGAGAACUCCCCAUUAGAGUUUCUCACAUACAACAGUAUGUCUUGCCCCAUUUAAGAAUUCUUAAUCAUAUCCUAAGCAUUCUCAUUACCGCCAAUACUUCUGCUCUCCUACUUUUUGGGGGGUUGAGGUUUUGUAUGUGGUGCCCCCCCCCCCCCCCCUGUUGAUACUGGAUGUUUUUCUGUUUUUAAAGCAUCACAAGGAUUUUCACUGUAAAAUGAAAGGACUGUGACAAAAAAUUGUUUGUUUCAGAGUAAAUUAACUAUUUAGGAGGAAAAAUAAAUUAAAUUAUUGUUUUUGAUGCCUUUAUCUUGGGAGUUUAAACGUUUAAAUAGAAUACUGUAUGUUUUAACAUUUUUGAAAAUGGAUCGGUUUAUGGGCUUGAGUCAGAGUCCUUCAGUAAUGUUCUUUUAUCAAAGGGUAAACCUGGACUGUUGAGGUUUAUGGCGUAAGAUAACUGAAGUAGAGAACAUUUCCCAGUAUGUGGCAAAUACUGUCAAAGUAUAGUUGUUGGUGGAGUUUAAACUGGUGAGUAGGGUUUAGUGAGGUAAUGGGCCGCUUUGUUUGGUCUAUCCAGACUGUCCUGUACUGUAGGACUGUGAUUUACAUUUUUGUUUUUUAUGAUACAUUUGAAACCGAAGCUAAUUUUCUGUUACUUCAGAGCUUUGAACUACUCUUAUAUGUUCAAUAAAUAUGUUCGCUUGAA